AUGAGGACCCCGCGCCGCGCCCCGUGCUCUCCGCUGACGCUGCUCCUGGUGCUCGGACUCCUGUUGCUCCUGCCGCCCUCGGGCAACACCGCCGUCAUCACUGGGGCUUGUGACAAGGACCCCCAAUGUGGGGGUGGCAUGUGCUGUGCUGUUAGUAUUUGGAUCAGAAGCCUCCGAAUGUGUACCCCAAUGGGCAACGUGGGAGAUAGCUGCCAUCCUUUGACUCGGAAAGUUCCAUUUUUUGGGAAGAGAAUGCAUCACACCUGCCCUUGCCUGUCUGGGUUGGCCUGUGUACGGACUACAUUUAACCGAUUUAGAUGUUUACCCAGGAAAUAAUGAUCACUUUUGAAAUGGAAUCAGUUAAAUGUGGACAGCAACUUAAUGUAUUUAAAGUUUUUCUUGUGAUUGUAAUGACCAAGUUAUAUGCUAGGAAAAAAAAUCCUAUUACUUUCUC